AUGCCCGACGACGACGCGCACGCCGGUGACUUGCUGGAGAUCAUCCCGCUCGGCGCCGGGAGCGAAGUCGGUCGAAGUUGCGUGAUCGCGCGCUACAAACAAAAGACGCUCAUGUUCGACUGCGGCAUCCAUCCCGGCUACGCCGGCCUCGCGUCGCUGCCGUACUUUGAUGAGAUCGAUCUCGCCGACGUCGACGCGCUGUUCGUGACGCACUUUCAUCUCGAUCACUGCGCCGCGGUGCCGUUUUUGUGCGGAAGGACGGAUUUCAAUGGACGAAUCUUCAUGACGCACCCGACGAAGGCGAUAUAUCACAUGCUCAUGCAAGAUUUCUGUCGAUUGCUGAAGAAUCAAGAGCCGAGCGAACAGUUGUUCGGAGAGAAGGACCUGGAGGCGUCGAUGAAGAAGAUUGAGGUGAUUGAUUUUCAUCAAGAGGUGGACGUGGACGGGGUCAAGGUGACGCCGUAUCGAGCGGGGCACGUGCUGGGGGCGUGCAUGUUUAACGUCGAUAUUGGGGGGUUGCGCGUGCUGUAUACGGGAGAUUACUCCAGAAUCGCGGAUAGACACCUGCCCGCGGCGGACGUCCCGGCGAUUCCGCCGCACGUGGUGAUCGUGGAGUCGACGUACGGGGUGUCGCCGCACUCGCCGCGGGAGGAGCGGGAGAUUCGGUUUACGGAGAAAGUGCAGACGAUUUUGCGUCGGGGAGGGCGAGUUUUGCUUCCCGUCGUCGCGCUCGGUCGCGCGCAAGAGUUGUUGCUGAUUUUAGAGGACUUUUGGGCGCAAAAUCCGGAUUUGCAGCGUGUGCCAAUUUAUCAAGCGUCGGCGCUUGCGCGCAAAGCGAUGACGAUUUACCAAACGUACAUCAACGUGUUGAACUCGGACAUGAAGGCGGCGUUCGAGGAGGCGAAUCCGUUCGUGUUCAAUCAUGUUAAGCACGUCAGCAAAUCGAGUGAGUUGGACGACGUCGGUCCGUGCGUCGUUCUCGCGACGCCGUCGAUGUUGCAAAGCGGUUUGUCUCGCGAACUCUUCGAGUCGUGGUGCGAAGAUCCGAAGAAUGGUGUAAUCAUCGCCGAUUUCGCCGUACAAGGCACUUUGGCGCGCGAAAUUUUGAGUGAUGUUAACAAAAUCAUCGCACGAGACGGACGAGAGUUGCAGCUCAACAUGUCUGUCGAUGCCAUUUCGUUUAGCGCGCACGCGGAUUACCCGCAGACUCAGGCGUUUUUGGACGCCUUGGCGCCGCCGCACGUCAUUCUGGUCCACGGCGAAGCGGGGGAGAUGGGUCGAUUGAAGCGCGCGUUGGACAACAAGGCGGCGGCGGAUGAUAAAAAGAUGAGCGUCUACACGCCCAAGAACUGCCAACCGGUCGAGAUCAUUCACAAAGGCGAGCGCAUCGCCAAAAUCACCGGUUUGUUAGCCGAGCAAGAAAUCGAAGAGGGCGACCACGUCGCCGGAGUGCUGGUUCAAAAAGAUUUCGGCACCAUGCUCAUCGCCCCGGAAGACGUGAACAACUACACCAAGCUACGAACGUCUUUAGUGACGCAGCGUCAGCUUGUGCCGAGUAAGAUCCCGAUCAGCACGCUGCGGUUCGCACUCGAAGCUCUUUUCGAAGGCUUGCACGUCGUCUCCACGCUCGCGCCAGAGGAGGACGAAGAAGAGGAGGAAGACGCAGAGGAGGAGGCAAAUAAGCCGGCCGCGAAGAAGAAAGCGGCGCCGAAGAAGAAGGCAACGACGAGUCGCGCGAAGAAAGCGAAGACAGAACCGUCUGAAGUUGAAGCGCGCGAGGGCGAAGACAAGUUUGACGUCGACAAGGCGGAUGGUUUGUCCAUCAACGACGGCAUGGUGACGAUACGCAAGCGCUUCGCGGACGAAAUCACCGGCGUCGAACAUGUCGUCAUCGAAUGGAAUAGCGAUCCUUUGACGGACAUGAUCGUCGACGCGACGCUGAGCGCAAUCUUACAGCUCGAAAGUGAACCAGAAGCAUUAAAGGAAGCCGAGGCUGGAUUACGCGACGCCAUCAAGAAGAAGGACGAGACUUCCGCGGAGAAGUGGCGCCUGCGCGUCGUCGCAGCCAUGCUCUCCGCUCAGUUCGGCGAGCUCAAGGUGAAUGAGAAAAAAGCAACGUUGAGUCUGAACAUCGACGGUAUCGAUGCCGUGCUUGAGUACCGCACGCGUACGGUUUUGUGUGAUAACGACGCGUUGAAACAACGCGUGGAGACGACGGUUUCGCGAAUCGAUGAAGCCAUCGGCGACGCGGCGUACGCGCACGCGGUACACUCGCUGUCGGCUUCGAGCACCAAGUUUGCGUGA